AUGCUCUCUCAGCUCAUGUUGUUUUUAGUUAGUUUCAUUAGUACCGUUUUCUGUGGUCAUCUGGGAAGAACAGAGCUGGCAGGAGUGGCUUUGGCCAUAUCGGUUAUUAAUGUUACAGGUAUAUCUAUAGGAAGCGGCUUGUCAGCAGCAUGUGACACACUGGUUUCUCAGACAUUUGGGAGCCGCAACCUCCUGAGAAUUGGUGUCAUUAUGCAGCGGGCCAUUCUUAUUUUGUUGCUGGCUUGUUUCCCCUGCUGGGCCAUUCUCCUAAACACUGAACUAAUUCUGUUGGCUGUCCGACAAACUCCAGAAGUGGCAAGACUGGCUCAGCUGUAUGUGAAGAUAUUUAUGCCUUCACUUCCUGCUACAUUUAUGUUUGCAUUGUUAACAAGAUACCUGCAGAAUCAGUCCAUCAUUUGGCCGCAAGUUAUCACGGGCAUCUUUGUCAAUUUGCUAAAUGCCCUCAUCAACUACAUCGUUCUCUAUGUGAUAAACCUGGGAGUGGCAGGUUCUGCCGUUGCCAACGCUAUUUCCCAGUUCAUCAUGGCUGCAAGUCUUUAUGUGUACAUCAUCUGGAAUGGUCUCCAUAAGGCCACCUGGGGAGGCUGGACUACAGAGUGUCUGCAGGACUGGGGAUCUUACAUGCGCCUGGCCAUCCCCAGUAUGGUCAUGCUCUGUGUUGAGUGGUGGACAUAUGAGAUUGGUGGUUUUCUGGCAGGUCUAAUAAGUGAGGUGGAACUUGGCGCUCAAUCGGUUGUAUACGAACUGUCAAAUGUUGCAUAUAUGUUCCCUUUGGGUUUUGGUGUGGCAGCCAGCAUCAGAGUGGGAAAUGCUUUGGGAGCCAGAAACACGGAAGAGGCCACAAUGUCUGCUAAAGUCGCCAUGUUUUGCGCCGUGUCAGUGUCCGUGUCCUUGACAGUGAUCAUUGGCAGCCUGAAGGAUCAUAUCGCUUAUGUCUUCACAUAUGAUGAGGAAAUCAGGAAAAGAGUUGCCGACGUUAUCUCGUUCUAUGCGCCGUUCAUCCUCUUAGAUGCAAUAUCAGCUGCCUCAGGAAGCAUUAUAAGAGGAGCAGGAAAGCAAAGAGUCGGCGCGAUCGUGUACAUCGUGGGAUUCUAUGGUGUUGCUUUUCCGAUUGGAAUACCGCUGAUGUUUGCAGCCAAAUUGGGAAUCAAGGGUCUAUGGACAGGCUUGCUUGUUUGUGGGUUUCUGCAGUCAUUGUUUUUGAUCGUCUACCUCAUUAAGUUGAAUUGGGCCAAAGCCACAGUUGAGGCCCGGAUCAGAGCUGGGGUUCAUGAGAACGAUACAGAUACAAUGUCUCCAGGAACCCCAAUACAUGACCAAGAGUGCCUGACGAACCAAACGCACACUGUGGAGGGCGGUGGAAGUGAGGCGGUGCCUGAGGCAGCGAUGCUCCCUUUUCGGACCGUGGCACUGCGUCGGGGUCUGGCUGUGGUGCCAUGCUGUCCAUCCUGGCUGCAGGAAUUGUUCUGAACAUAAUGAU